UUUGUCCGCGAAGCCCCAGUGUUCACACCUGAAUAGUGCGUUGUGCGACAGUCGAACGAUUGCCGAUUUCACGAUUCAGUCGAGUUUCAUUCAUUGUUGAGAUCAGUUCACCGGUUCCGUUCCGGAGAAUCUCGCGCCAUUAUCAUGGAGAAGGUCGUCAUCGUUGCGGUUCUGUUGUGCUGCUCAUUAGUUGCACUUUGCAACGCUGAAACGGAAGAGCCAUGCCCUGCCCCACCAAAGCACUACACAGAGCUUGGCUGCAAACCCAUCAAAGACGAAGGACAUCGUUGCCCAAAUCGGUACGAGUGUCCGGAGCUAACGGAUCGUGACGGCCAAAAGUGCUACUUCAAUGGAAACAUUUACGAGCCCGGAACUGGUCUGUCGAAAACCGACCAGGAGCUGGUCAGCUGUAGCCCGGCAUGCCGUUGCAAUAACAAAACAUCGCCAGCAUCCUUCACCUGUGCCUCGAUCGACUGUCCGGAGUUCUUUGGCCAGAAGGAGGACUGCAUCUACCAGUACGAAAAGGGCCAGUGCUGUUCCUCGGGAGCGCCAGUUUGCGGGGAGGACAAGAUCGAACAGUUGGCCGAGUGCUACUUCGAAGGUGAACUGUACCGGGAAGGUCAAAAGAUGUAUCCGACGGAGGAAUCGUGCUACAGCUGCCACUGCCAGAAGGGCUUCGACAACAGCACGGUGGUGGGCAACCCGCACUGCCAGGAAGUCAACUGUGGAAUCGAACUGCGCAGCUCGGAACGACUGGCCCGUGGAUGCAUUCCGGUGUACUUUGGAAACGACCGAUGCUGUCCGAUUUCGUGGAGAUGUCCGGAGGACAAGGAUACCGUUAUCGUCGAAGGUCGUCGUGGAGCCGAUGAAGUCACCGAUCCCAAGAUGCAGUGCAAGUUUGGAAAGUUGACCAUGGGUGUGGGAGAUUCGAUUUCCUCGGAAGACAAGUGUGUCUCGUGCAAGUGCACUGUCCCGCCGAUGCCGCAUUGCAUCCAGAGCAGGGAAUGUUAACUCUGGUUGGAGUUCAGUAUUCGUUUGAGUUAUCCCGUUGGUGCUUAAAUCUACAGCAAAACGUACAAAAUUAUUUCACUUAUUUAUUGUAUACAUUGUAGUUGAGUAAGAAAUCAAAAAGAUCAAUAAACUGCAUGCACUUUUUGAACAUUCAAA